CAUGGCAGCAGAGAAAGGAUCCCCAGGUGUGGUGGGCUUACUGGUCCUUGGAAAUAUCAUCAUCCUGAUGUCAGGCCUGGCGCUGUUUGCAGAGACUGUUUGGGUGACGGCCGAUCAGUACCGGGUCUACCCCCUGCUCGGGGCCUCUGGCAAGGAUGACGUCUUCGCGGGGGCCUGGAUUGCCAUUUUCACCGGCUUCUCCUUUUUUGUGGUGGCCAGCUUUGGCAUAGGAGCAGUAUUGUGCCACAGUCGAGGGAUGCUUCUCACGUACCUGGUAUUAAUGCUGAUUGUCUAUGUGUUUGAAUGUGCCUCAAGCAUCACGUCAUAUACCCACAGAGACUAUAUGGUGUCCAACCCAGCCCUCAUUACCAAACAGAUGCUGACAUUAUACAAUGAUCCCACGGAUCAGGGUCAGGAACUGACUCGUUUCUGGGAUCGAGUCAUGAUUGAGCAACAAUGCUGUGGUACCUCGGGGCCCCUAGACUGGGUGAACUUCACAUCAGCCUUCCGGAAGGCCACCUCAGAGGACAAGUUCCCUUGGCCCCCAUUGUGUUGCCGUAGGGAUGCCAACUUCAACCCCCUCAACGAGGAGGGAUGUCGACUUGGCCACCGAGAUUACAUCUUCACCAAGGGCUGCUUUGAACAUAUUGGCCAUGCCAUCGACAGCUACACCUGGGGUAUCUCUUGGUUUGGAUUUGCCAUCCUUAUGUGGACGCUGCCUGUGAUGUUGUUGGCCAUGUACUACUACACAAUACUCUGAGAUCCUUGCAGAAGCGGGUCCCUCCUCCCUAGAAGAAGCAUCCCUUCCUGUUGGGCCCCAUGGAUGCUUUUGUGGGCUCCUUGGAAAGAGAUUCCCCACCGAACUUCUUCCUCAUUUGUUCUUCUCCUUAAAUUCCUCCUUCCUGUUUUUUGGUCCUAUUUUAUUCCCUUUCUUCCUCCACCCCAAGCACCCCUAGUUCCCACUAACAGUCAUGAGUCUUUCCUUGUCUGCCUGAACCUAUUUUGUAUGAAAUAAAGGUUUCUUUUUUCUCCUUCUGA